AUGGCAACGAUACGAUCGAGUUUGCCGUCGAGACUACGGCAGCUUUUGUCCGGAGAAAGCAUCAUCGGUCCCUCUGUAAAAUUAGACUCGGAAACUCCUCCUAAAAUUAAAGCAUUCAUUGACAAGGUGAUUCAGAGUCCAUUGCAAGACAUAGCCAUACCCCUUUCUGGCUUUCGUUGGGAGUACAGUAAGGGGAAUUUUCAUCAUUGGAGGCCACUGUUUCUGCAUUUUGAUACAUACUUCAAGACAUACUUGUCUGGUAGGAAUGACCUUUCAUUGUCAGAUAAUAUUUCAGAAGACGAUGGUCCAUUCCCAAAGCAUGCCGUUCUUCAAAUUUUAAGAGUGAUGCAAAUAAUUCUAGAGAAUUGCCAUAACAAGAGUUCAUUUGAUGGUUUAGAGCAUUUCAAGCUCCUUUUAGCUUCCACAGAUCCAGAGGUUCUUAUAGCUACAUUGGAGACUCUUUCAGCACUAGUGAAAAUCAAUCCGUCCAAGCUUCAUGGAAGUGGGAAGUUGAUUGGAUGUGGCUCGGUAAACAGCUAUCUCCUGUCGCUAGCACAGGGCUGGGGGAGCAAGGAGGAAGGCUUGGGCUUAUAUUCAUGUGUUAUGGCAAAUGAAAGGACUCAGGAAGAAGGGCUUUGUUUGUUCCCGUCUGAUGAAGGAAAUGACCAGGACAAGUCUCAACACCGAAUUGGCUCCACCCUUUAUUUCGAAUUGCAUGGUCUGAGUUGCCAUAAUUCUAUGGAAAACAGUAGUAAUACUACUUCUAGUUCGAGAGUCAUUCACACACCAGAUCUGCAUUUACGAAAAGAAGAUGAUCUGUUAUUGAUGAAACAGUACAUAGAGCAGUAUAAUGUACCUCCUGACCUUCGAUUCUCAUUGCUAACCAGAAUCAGAUAUGCUCGGGCAUUUCGUUCUCCUAGAGUGUGCAGGCUGUUCAGCAGGAUUUGCCUCCUUGCGUUCAAUGUGCUAGUGCAGUCUGGUGAUGCAAAUGAUGAACUGACAUCCUUUUUCGCUAAUGAACCUGAGUAUACAAAUGAGUUGAUUAGGAUUGUGCGAUCAGAAGAAACUAUUCCUGGAACCAUCAGAACUCUGGCAAUGCUGGCCUUAGGUGCUCAGUUAGCUGCUUAUACAGCAUCUCAUGAGCGGGCACGGAUUUUGAGUGGAUCUAGCAUCAGUUUUGCUGUGGGAAACCGCAUGAUUCUCCUGAAUGUGCUUCAGAGAGCUGUUUUGUCGCUGAAAAACUCCAACGAUCCAUCCUCUCUUGCCUUUGUUGAAGCACUUCUUCAGUUCUAUUUGCUCCAUAUUGUGUCAUCCUCAGCUUCAGGGAGCAAUGUUAGGGGGUCUGGAAUGGUUCCCACUUUUUUACCACUUUUGGAGGACUCAGAUACCAAUCAUAUGCACCUUGUCUAUUUGGCUGUGAAAGCCCUACAAAAGCUCAUGGAUUACAGCAGUUCAGCUGUGUCGCUGCUUAGAGAAUCAGGGGGUAGAGCUUUUGGCUCAGAGGUUACAGAUAGAAGUACAUAG